UGUAUGCGCAGAUAAUCAUACGUGAGCACACAAACCAACGGGAGAAGCAAAGGCCGGUUCUUUUCAGUAUUAUUAUUAGCUAGCUAGUAUUUCAUUAAAAUAUACAGAUUUGAUACAAUUUCUACAUGGAUAUGGCGGAGACGGCAACGAAACCUGCAGGUGAACUGUACGUGUCUGACAAAGAGGGAAAUGACCAGGAUGGCGACGGAACAGAACAGAAGCCUUUCAAGACCUCAUUGAGGGCAUUGAUAUUUGCUGGAAAGGAACCAUUCCCAACCAUCUARGUGGAUUCUCAGAAGGAGGGAGAGCGUUGGGCAGUGAUCUCCAAGACACAGAAGAAAAAUGUGAAAAAGUUAUUUGCCAGAGAGCAGAUGAAGAGCGACUCCAAAGACAAAAAGGAGGCAGAGGAUUCUGAGAGACGAGAGAAGAACCUGGACGGAGCUAAGAAAGUCACCAUUGAGAAUGACUCSAGCCUUCCAGAGCCCAAAACGGUUAAAAUCUAUCAGUUGGAGCCUCUCCGGGGGGAGAGAGUGAAGGUGUUUGGCUGGGUGCACCGAAUGAGAAAACAAGGAAAGAACCUGCUGUUCAUCGUGCUGAGAGAUGGAACUGGUUUCCUGCAGUGUGUUCUCAACGAUAAAUUGUGUCAGUGCUACAAUGCCUUGGUGCUGUCCACUGAAAGCACAGUGGCUCUGUAUGGGACAGUGAAAGAAGUACCAGAAGGAAAACAGGCCCCUGGAGGUCAUGAGCUGACCUGUGACUUCUGGGAGCUGGUGGGUCUGGCGCCGGCUGGAGGAGCUGACAACCUGCUGAAUGAGGAGUCCGAUGUGGACGUUCAGCUCAACAACAGACACAUGAUGAUCCGUGGGGAGAACGUGUCCAAGAUCCUCCGGGUCCGCUCCACUGUCACACAGUGCUUCAGGGACCAUUUCUUCAACCGCGGAUACCAUGAGAUCACCCCACCCACCCUGGUGCAGACCCAGGUAGAGGGCGGUUCCACCCUGUUCAACCUGAACUACUUUGGGGAGGAGGCGUUCCUGACCCAGUCCUCUCAGCUCUACCUGGAGACCUGCAUCCCUGCCCUGGGAGACACCUUCUGUAUCGCUCAGUCCUACCGCGCUGAGCAGUCCCGCACCCGUAGGCACCUGUCUGAGUACACUCACAUAGAGGCAGAGUGCCCCUUCAUGACCUAUGAGGACCUACUGAGCAGGCUGGAAGAUCUGGUGUGUGAUGUGGUGGACAGAGUCCUGAAGUCUCCUGCUGCUUCUCUACUCUACCAAGUCAACCCUGACUUCAAGGCCCCCAAGAGGCCCUUCAAGAGGAUCAACUACUCUGAUGCCAUCAUCUGGCUGAAGGAGCAUGACAUCAAAAAGGAUGAUGGGACAUACUAUGAGUUCGGAGAGGACAUCCCAGAGGCCCCAGAGAGGCUGAUGACUGAUGCCAUCGGUGAGACCAUCCUGCUGUGUCGCUUCCCGGCUGAGAUCAAGUCCUUCUACAUGCAGCGCUGUCCUGAGGACCGACGCCUCACUGAGUCGGUGAGUCCCUGACCAGCAGAGAGCUUACG